GCCACGCCUCUGCUGAGCAAUCCUCCAUGGACGUUGAGGAGCUCCUCUCCGCUCUCCAUCAUCAUCUGCAGAAAAAUGCGAGCGGGGAGCGGUAUCAAAAUGUCAACUCGGGCCGCUCUCCCUCACCCGCAGACAUGAGCGGAGUCCCGUUUGCCUCUUCCAGCCGCAACAAGUCGCCCUCACCAUGCGGAUCCACUGCAAAGUAGUUGUGAUCGCCGUGUGUUUCGGAGUUUUCCUACUUUUGUACUUUUUGGGGGGCAACGCCGCGGAAGAUCCGCUGUUGAAAGAAGUUGGAGAGCAGCAGCAGCAGCAGCAGCAGCAGCAGCAGGAGGACAGCAACUCUCCCCGGUCGCCCCCUCAGCUCCGACGCGAUGUUGCAGCAAAGUUUGCGAAGAAAUCAUCCGCCGGAGUCGGCGCGCGUGCGGGAGAGCCUCCCAAGGGACGAAAAGAGGGGAAAACGAUCAAUAGAAGAGCCAACGUGAAUGCAAAGAGCAAACCACGGAAUAACGUGGCCCGACCUGUGACCAGGCGUAAACGGGUGGAGGAGGUCAUGCACCUGGCCGUGGUGGCCUGUGGGAAUCGUCUGGACGAGACCCUCACCAUGGUCAAAUCAGCCCUCCUUUUCAGCAUCAAGAGGAUUAAGUUUCACAUUUUUGCUGAGGACCCUUUGGCACCGCAGUUUGAAGAAAAGCUGCGCCAGUGGCCUCGCUCCAUCACAGCCAAGUUCCAGUACAGUAUCUACCCCAUCACCUUCUCCGUGGGGAACGCUGAUGAGUGGAAGAAGCUCUUCAAGCCUUGCGCUGCACAGAGACUCUUCCUCCCCGUUAUCCUGAAAGACGUAGACUCGUUACUCUACGUAGACACCGAUGUGCUGUUCCUGCGACCAAUGGAUGAUAUCUGGAGUCUCCUGAAGUCCUUCAACAGCACCCAGCUGGCAGCCAUGGCUCCGGAACACGAGGUCCCAAAGAUUGGCUGGUACAGCCGCUUUGCACGCCACCCAUUCUAUGGAGUCACGGGGGUCAACUCUGGUGUCAUGCUGAUGAAUCUCACAAGAAUCCGCAGCACAAUGUUCAAAAACAGUAUGAUUCCCAGUGGCCUGUCAUGGGAGGAUCUUCUGCAUCCACUCUAUCAGAAGUACAAGAACCACAUCACCUGGGGAGACCAGGACCUCCUCAACAUUAUCUUCCACUACAACCCAGAGUGUCUCUUCAUCUUCCCCUGUCAGUGGAACUACAGGCCAGACCACUGUAUGUACGGCAGUAACUGUAAAGGGGCUGAAGAGGAGGGCGUGUCCAUCCUUCACGGCAACCGUGGAGUGUAUCAUGAUGACAAGCAGCCAGCAUUCAAAGUAGUUUAUGAUGCAAUACGUGAUUUUCCCUUUGAGGACAACAUGUUCCAGUCGCUGUUCUACCCCAUCCAGACCAAGUUCCUGGACACAGUCAAUACCCUGUGCGGCCGAGUUCCUCAAGUCUUCCUCAAGCAGAUAGAAAAGACCAUGAGGAAGACGUUCGAAGACAAAGUGGUCCGACACGUCAAACCGCACAAAUAAGUGAUGGAGAAAUGGACUCCUCGUUUUAUCUGACAACACUAAGGACCAUGUUGCUGUGGAUUAUGGGUCAUACCGGCAUCUCCCAGACUGAACUCUGUGUUUGCAGUGUAUGCAGCACCUCCUGGAAUGGUCUUAUGAACAUUAUGAUCCUCUAAUGAUGGUAUGGAUAAUAAGCCUAUGUAUACAGAGAAGCAUACAGUGCUGGUCAGUGAUGCCGUAGAAUAGGUUUGCCUUAUUUGCCAUCUAAAAUUUUUCACAUCCCAGUUACAUACGGCAAUAACAUUUAUGAGAAUGUUGGAAAGCUAUAGUGAAAAAAACUGCACAAUUUUUUUUUCUUAAAUCAAGAUUUAUGAAAGUAUCAGCUCUUAAUCACAAGUGUGAGCUUAAAGUGAAAUAUAAGGCAUAUUUGGCAUAUUUCAACUGAGCAUUUAAAAAAAGUAUCCGCCAUCUUUAUUCUUCUUCAUGGACAUGUACACAUUUAAAGGAAUAGUUUUUGUUGUGGGUUUGGUACUUUGGUAAGGUACUUAUCUAUAGCCAAUAUUUUACCAACAGUAGAUGGUGGCCGGCACAGCCGUUAUUUUGGGAAGCAGGCUGGAGUCUGACAUGGAAGCUAGGCAGUGUACUGCUGUGGAUAGCGAGUCAGCAAUAAAACGUAUUUUAGCCACCUAGAAAAAAGUCCCACCUAAAAUGAUCAACAUCAGUUGUCAAGUUAAGAAGUUUAUUGUCAUAUGCACACUAAAAACAGUGUUGGUGGUAUAUACCAUACAUGGGAAUUCUUAAUUACCAGUCUCUCUUUACACAAAACAAUAACAAAAUUAGAAUAAGAAUGAAAUAAGUUAAGAAACCUGAGUUUAAAAGUAACAUGCACUAUGCCUUGUGCAAAUAUUCAACCAAGUAUUGUUUAAAAGUAAGGGCGGGAUGCCUCUUAUAACUGUUGCAAACAAGAUCAAUGCAUUAUGUUUUGAUGUUUAAGUCAUUUUAGGUGAGUUUAAGUGGAUGCUUUAUUGAGAGUAUUUUCACCACUUUACCUCUCCUUCAGAAAGUGAUUUCCACUACUGAAGCCAUUAAAUAGCUUUCUUCUAAGCCAGACUUCAUAGAGAAAAUCAGUGAUUUAAAAUUGCUGAAAACGGGAGCUGCUUGUCUACGGCUUCCUCAGUCAGUUAUGCUUCUUGUGUUAUUUUGUGACUAUGACAUUGACAAAGACUAAUUCGGACUCACCAAGUCACACGAUACCAAAACGAACUAACUGAUGGAAGCAACAUUAGACCAGCAACUUCCGUGCUCAGCGAGCUAAAAUGACUGUUUUUAGCUCACUCACUGUUCUCUAUGUACUGUGUAUUAAAUAGUGAACCAUAUAGGAAUAAGUGAGAUUUUGGACACUAUGCUGGAAUGUUCUUCCUCCAGAAAUACACGACCGAAUUGCAUUGUGGUAUACAGGAGUAAAAUGUAGGGUACAUCGAAUUCCUCUGCAGUUAAUUUCAUCUACUAUAUAGUGCACUUUAAAAUACCCACAAUACACAGCAAGUUUGAGUGUACAUAGAACACUACUAUAAAUGGCAAACACACUAUAUAGUGCACUAUUUCUAUGAUAAGGAACGGUUUCAAACACGGCUUUUGUCAAAAAAGUCUCAUGGCUAUUACAAGAGCAUGUGAAGCUGUGGCAGUUUACAGCUUCUUCUUGGAAAGGGCUGUCUGACAGAAAGGUAAAACAGUAAAAAUACUCUUAAUAUAGUGCAAACUUAAUCUGUUAUAGAUUUUCUUUUAGGUGGUUGAUCACAAUCCACAUCGGCUUUCAUUUUGGCACUCCUGCCAUCUCUUCAAACUUUGGGCAUAUCUUUGACAGACAUCUACUGUAGGUAAUACACUGACUAUGGAUAAGUACCUCAUGCAACUCCACUUCAAAAAAUCUGAACUAUCCCUUUACCAAGGUAAACUUUGGACUUUGCAAAGGUUUACUACUUCAGAGUAGUAGAUUCAUAUACCGCUCCUCUAAAAUCAUGUGAAUGUUUUACCAGCAAAUGACUUGAAAUGUGAGCCUGUGUGAGUGACAAGAAUUGUGAGUUUUUGGCCAAAUGCCGCUGACAGUAUUAAAUACAGCAUAAAAGAGGAAAUAUGGACUUUUAAUGUUACAAGGCGAAUGUUGAAAUGCACUUUCAGAAUGAUAUAAGGACCGGAUGGUUGUUUGUACGUAACAUGUCCACAUUAGAUGCUACACUGUCCAAGUGAAUCCAAACCAAAAGUGCUAGCAUUUUAAAAAUAGUGACAUACUACAGCUGAUUAUGUGCCAUGUAAUUAUUAAUGUUUACCAUUACAAGGAAAUGCGGGAUGUACAGACGUGUGUGUUUGAGAGGGUGUCAUAGUUUGUAAUAUGAUGUAUGGUCUGUUGUGAUCACAUGGGGUCACAUGUUUUAGCAGCAUUACUUUCAGUGUGGUGUAAUGAUCUAAAUAUAUCAUUCAAACUGGAAACUGAACAUGGCUGUACAGUCAGCACGUUUCUAAAUAAAUCAA